GUUUUAGCGGAAGGUUAAAUUGGUUGUCUAUAUUUUUCUCGAACGUAUGUCCGCUUUUCGAAGAAUAAGCAAAAGGCUUGUUUUGGUUGGAGCAAUAUCUGGCGUCGGUGCUGCACUUUUAAUGGAAGUUGUUCCCAGAGUUAAUGAAGCCAGAAGGACGAAGGCUUUACUGUCGAGACCUAAACCUUCAGAACAGGAGUUCAAACGUUUUGAGCGACCCUUGCCAACUAGAGAUGAACACCUCAAACGAAUGGCAUCGGGUGAACUUUUCGAUGUCUUAGUAAUUGGUGGUGGGGCAAGUGGUGCUGGCGUUGCGUUAGAUGCUGCAUCUAGAGGUUUAUCGACAUGCCUUAUUGAAAGAUUAGAUUUUGCUUCGGGUACCUCCUCUCGUUCAACCAAACUUAUUCAUGGUGGUGUUCGAUACCUGCAAAAGGCUAUAUUUAAUUUGGACAUUGAACAGUUUCGUAUGGUUAAUGAGGCACUUAGUGAACGAUCUAAUCUAAUAGAUAUAGCUCCACAUCUAGCCUAUCCAUUACCAAUCAUGUUGCCCAUAUAUAAAUGGUGGCAAGUUCCGUAUUAUUGGGCUGGUAUUAAAAUGUACGACUUAAUAUCUGGUGCUCAAAUACUAAAAGCCAGUUAUUAUCUUAAUAAAUCACAGGCAUUAGAACGAUUUCCUUUAUUGAAACGUGAUAAACUAGUCGGUGGAUUAGUAUAUUAUGAUGGCCAACAAGAGGAUGCUCGUAUGUGCUUAAGUAUUGCAUUAACUGCGGCUCGUUAUAAUGCUGCGAUUGCUAAUUAUGUUGAAGCUAUUGAAAUAAUUAAACAACCAUCUCGAACUAAAUCAAUUUCAUUGAAAUCUACAUUAGAGAAAACAUCUGAACCAGUACCGACAGUUUCAGGUGCACGAGUUCGAGAUAGAUUAACUGGUAAAGAAUUCACAAUCAAUGCUCGUUGUGUGAUUAAUGCAACUGGUCCAUUUACAGAUAGUAUACGACAAAUGGAUAAUAAAGAACAACCUACUAUUUGUCAACCUAGUUUAGGUGUUCACAUUAUUCUUCCUGGUUAUUAUAGCCCUACUAAAAUGGGUUUACUAGAUCCAGAUACGCGUGAUGGUCGUGUGAUCUUCUUUUUACCAUGGAUGAAUUAUUCAUUAGCUGGCACUACAGAUACUGAAUGCAAUGUUACUGAUCAACCUUCGCCUUCCGAAGCUGAAGUGAACUUUAUCUUGGAAGAAAUUAGUAGUUAUCUUUCUCCGGAAAUCCAAGUUCGCCGUGGUGAUGUACUGUCAUCUUGGGCAGGUAUUCGACCACUUGUUCGUGACCCAAAUUCUUCUGAUACACAAUCGAUUGCACGUAAUCAUAUUAUUGAUGUUUCGCCAUCUAAGUUGAUAACAAUUGCUGGUGGUAAAUGGACAACUUACAGAAGUAUGGCAGAAGAAACUGUAGAUAAAGCGAUAAAGGUAUGUGAUCUUAAACCAACUGGUCCAUGUCGUACCAAAGGUCUUCUUUUAGAGGGUGCUCAUGGUUGGUCACCAAAUCUAUUUAUACAAAUUGUUCAAGAAUAUGGUAUGGAUGUUGAUGUGGCACGCCAUUUAACUGGAAUUUAUGGUGAUAAAGCUAUCACUAUAGCUAAUAUGUCCAAACUAACUGGUUUAAGAUGGCCAAUAUUAGGUAAAAAAUUACAUCCUGAAUUUCCCUUUAUUGAAGCUGAAGUGGAAUAUGCAUGCCGAGAAUAUGCUUGUCAUGUUGUCGAUUUUCUUGCGCGUCGUACUCGUUUAGCAUUUUUGAAUGUACGAGCUGCGGAGGAAGCUUUACCAAGAAUUGUCGAUUUAAUGGGUGAGCAUUUGAAAUGGAACAGUGAAAGAAAAAAGCAAGAAAUGCAAGAGGCAGAGGUAACUUGCAAUCAGUAGUAAGAAUGAAUCCAACCAGUCACUUGAUAAUGAUUCAAGAACAAUCAUAUAACUAUUUGUGUUGUUUGUUAUGGACAUACUCUAUAGUCAUCUGACAACUACAUACUAAGCGAAAACCUCGUUUCCACCAGAGUGGUACAAAGAACUUUUUAAAAUCUGAAAUGGGUCUUGGUCUGCGUGUUAUGGAAGGUGUUCGUAUGGAUUUGACUAUUGAUGAAAUUAGUAGUCUUUUACAAAGUUUCCGUAAACUUGAUCAUGGCACUAAAGGAUAUGUUUCAUUGGAUGAUUUACGCAAAUUUUGUACUUUUAUGAGUGCAAUAAAAUCUGGCGUUGUUGUCAACUCACCUCUAAAGAAAGUAUUAAGUCGUACUCGAAUUCCUGUUUAUAGAAGUGGUGGUGGUGUUUGAAAGAAAACUGUUAUUCUGUUUAGAAACUUUCGCAAUGAUAAUAGCAAUAAUAAGGAUAAGUGCCCCUUAUCUUUACUUUUUUUUCUCAAAAGUUAACUUAUUUCGCUCUGUGUUUUGUUCACUCUUAGUGUUAUGUGUCUACAUGUGAUUGCCGAUUGUGCUUUUUUGAAGAUGUUGAAUCGACUACAAGAAUGGUGCCAUUAUGAUUAUUGUUAAUCGCCACUUUAGUACUAUCACAGAUUUCUAGUUGGACUAUCUUUUUUUCACUUUUUAUUGCUCUUAUCUAGGUAAGCUGAGAUUGUUGUAGAAUGUGUGCACGUAUGAGUGACUUAUUUUAGUAAUUUUGCAUUUUUAAAGUUAUAGUGUGUAUAGAUCAAAAAACGUACCUGAUUUUUUGGUUUAAUUUUAGCUAGUUAUAUCAAUUAUUCAAUAAAAUGCAAAAAUAUUCUUCAACACUCGGAAAACUAUUUUCUAUCUCAUAAUUGUAUUUUUCGUCGUUAUUAUCAUUAACUUUAGCUAUUUAUCACUUCCAAAACAGCAUCAUUUGUCCACCUACUACUGUCUAUCACAGCAACUAUUAGAAAUUUUUACUCUUUAAUCUUUUAUUUGUUAAUAAUCAUGUUCAGUGUGUAUCGAUUUAGUUCACAAGUUAACUUUCUUCUCGUUAAUUUUUGUUCAUAUAUUACAUUCUUUUUGUCAACUAUGUUCGGGAUUGUUUACAAAUUUUUGUUUGAGUAUCCAUACCUUGUGAUAAAGUCAAUACACUUAUACAACCCUCCAAACGUA